UCAGACUGUUUACACCUGCAGCUGUACAGAGACUCCAAAGACAGAUACAAACAGGGCCAAACCAAAGCUUCCCUUUCGCUGGAACAUUUUCUGGGAUUGGAGAGUGGUUUUACUUUAGAUAAGGAAUCAAAUACGGUAGCUAUAUUAUGUCAAGAUGUCGUCGUUGUUCUAGCAUUUGACAAUCGGGAAAGGCUUAUGCAAUGGCAGGUAAAAUUAAGUUCCCACCUGAACGACGGUCCUCAUUUCUUAGUCCUAGUGUCUUCCGCACCACCAAAGUCCAGAUUGCCUCCGGGUCCUGCUCGGUUGCACGUUCAAGAAAGAGGAUUCUGCCUAACUACGGGAGUUCCGCCCAGAGUGGCUGGUCAGUGGCUUAUUAGUAAUUUAAGGAGAUAUGGGGUAGUCGAAGGGCGGUUCUGCUUCGAAGGGGGUUCAAGGUGUAUAAAGGGUGAAGGGUUGUACGUACUGCUUACCGAUCAGGGAGAAGAGAUCACGACUACUUUAAAAGCGGCGUCUGUAGGAAAUUUGCAUUCUUCAAGGAGGAGGCCUGUUUCAAGAAAUAUGUCAGUGAUGGACAGUCCUCGUCGAGGACCGAUGCGCGCAACAGGAGGAAUAGGAUUAGAAUUAAGCGAAUCGUCCCUUAUUUCACGGGCGGAUUCUCCUUACACCGAUAUGGAGAGCAAUUAUGGCUGUGGUGAUAGUAUAUCAAAUGAUGGUUGGGGACCCCCGCCUAUAGAAAGAUGCAUGAGUUGUAUCAGCAAACUCGGUGCGAUGUCCAGGUCCUCGACUGCAACCGUAACAAUGGGAGCUCCGCCAUGUUGGGAGCAUACUUGUGAUCGCCAUUCAAUCAGCAGCAGCUCAGAUAGCAGCGGAUGGAGUCAAGCAGUUACCAAACCACCAGCUAGACCACCAAAGCCUGGAGUAACAUCACCUUCGGCAAAGAAGCCUGCUGCUCUACUUCCUCAACCGUCCUAUGAUAACUACGACAUUCCUAAGAUACCCUUUCCAGUGGAACCCAAAGCUGAUGAGCAUUACGAUACUCCUCGUAAACUUAAGGAAUGUAUUCAAGGAUUUGGUUUUGAUACCGUUCACAAACCAUGUGGUUGUGUAGUAAGAAUUCGCCAGCCAGAACCAGAGCGACCUUGCGUUUGUCAACGUCUAAUGUCUUGCUGGUCAGGCACCGAAGAUGUCCAUGCCAUAUAUGCCACCGUCGAUUACUCAAAGAAAACACACCGCCAGCAACCAGUUGCCACUGCAGCAAAUUAUGCCAAUUUAGCCCCAAUUCCUACGGUUACUACAACGACUGCCCCAACAUCUACCAAUUACGAAAAUAUGGAAUUUGCUCAAACACUUCAAUUAUACGAGAAUAGCAAAGACAUCGCCGAGAAGGCAAGAACACUGUGCACAAAAUGUGGACAUGCUCAAGAAGACUACCUCAUGAUGGAGCCAUCCAAUAAACCAUCGCAGCCUCAUCCAGGAUACAUACCAAUGUCUCCUGCUGUCAAACAACGCUUAGGAAAAGUGCUUUCAAACAGCAACCCAAAUCUUGGCCCUGCUUUAGAUCGUUCCAUGAAACCAUCUGGUUCUUCCAUGUUACAAGGUACCAUCUAUCAACGAAAGCAGAUUUUAGACAAUGCUGAUAACUUGGAUAUUCGAAGAAGAAGAUCGAACUCCGCAGAUUCUUCUACAAGUCGCUAUGAACCAGAGCCAGAGCCUGAAACAUCACCAUGUCACUGUACCCAUGCCAUAGCCGUAAGACGAUCAUCUUCAGUUCCUUGCAAAUCCAAUCGUGACUCCUCUAGCUCAAACGAUUCAGGGGUAUUUGAACUUCCCAGAAAGCCUCAAAUUUGCGCCAAUCAAACUCUUCCAAGACGUUCCAAGUCAUCCGAUCCUCUUAGAGAUUUAACGUUUCAGUUUACCAAAACAGAAACUAAAUCUGCUAGUGCUGAAGCUGAGGUGCCAGUAUGUCCUAACGGCUCUACUAGCAGUGGGACGUCUGAUAUGUCCGACUACUUUGAAACAUUGUCUUUGUCGUCCCACAGCUCCAGUGAUGCGCCUCCUCCAAGUUGCACUUUGAGGCCGAGAUCCGGAAACGAAUAUUUGAGUAUGCAGAGACUUAUUGCUCCUGUUCCCGAGGAGCGACAUUAAACUAGUCUAUUUAGAAGCAAUAAAAAUGGAUAGUUUCUAGUACAAUAUACAUAUUACUAAUAUUAUAAUUAUGUCUGUAAUCUUUUUCUGUAUAAAGGUAUUUACUUUAUAAAUAAAUUAUUCAUCAAU